AAAACUAUUUAUUGUAUGGAAGCACAAAAAAUGGAUAUAACUCGGUUGAUUAUUUAAAUUACCAUUUUUAGAUGUGCAGUUUUCACUAAAAUAUUUAUUUCUUUAAAUGAGUUAUUUUCAGCCGUUGAUCAUCAUGAAUGGACGGACCAAAUUGUUGUGCCUUUGGGCGGGAAAAGAGGUGGGUGCUAUUUCCCCUGCUUUUAAGUAUAGGAUUGAGAUUGAUUAAAAAUUCUACAUAACAAGGGGUAACAAGAAUAUUUUAUCUUAACAACAAAGUAUGAAAAAUCAUACACACAAAAAAAUUAUCCGAAAACCUGAAUUGUAACAAGGACAUUUUUUGGGGACAAAUGGCGUAUAUAUUUUUUACUUAUAAAUUUACUCCAAUAUUUAAAUAGACUAAAUUAAAUAAUAACUUCAUUCAAGCGUCGUUAUGCAUGUGUCAUGUUUAUUUGGAGAUGGAGGGAGCGGAGUAAGAAUUGGCGACGACUUUUGGAAUUUUAUAAAAAGUGUCACACCGAUCCCUGGCACCCCAAGACCCCGAUCCAACACAUCACGGUAUAAUUAUUUUUAUUUUUAUUUUUGUAACAUUAUAAGAAUCAUUCGUAUACUCAGAGGCGGACCCACCUUGAGUCCUAUGGGGUCCCGGGACCCCACGGACCCCGGUGUAGGUCCAUAUAGGUAUUAGGUAUGUAUAAAUAUUAAUAUAUAAAAAACGCUUGUCAUAUGUUAAAUAGAAGCGCGUUUGGUUCAGUGGAAGUGUGCAUUGAUACGCCUAACCCCUGCUCCCCUAGGACGGAGGUUCGAUUCCCAGCUCGUAUUUUUCGCUGUCAAUUUUUUUCAUAAUUAGCAUCAAAACGGCGUCAUUUUCCCUUCCCCUUUUCUCUGUAAAUUUUUCUUGUCUUCCCCAAUUCUUUAUUUUACACUUUUAAUUUUGAUUUUGGAAUCCUAACUCCCUAAAGCUUCUGCCGUUCUGAGCUGAUACCUUCCUCCGUAGCAUCCUAGUUUUGGCAGGUUUACAUGUAGGAUGACCAGUUCUACUAUCAUAAGGACACUACACCUAUUCUAUGCUAGUGGUUGUGUGUUGUCAAAAAUAAUGCCAACUCAUAGGACACAUAUGAUAGAACUAACAUGAAUGACCAAUCUGUUAUGCAUAAUUCUGUUGUGAAUGAUAAUGGUGUUGGGUAUGGUAAUGGUGUUGGUAAUAAUGAGGAGGAAGAGAGGGUAUUUCAUGUUGAAGUGGGUAAUGAAAAUGGUGAAACAGAUGAUGCAAAUGGUGUACAACCUCUCGAGGCAGAGAAGUGAGUUCCUGAUUUUUUUUUGAGGACCUGAAUUUGUCAUUUUUGUGAGAACCUGGAUUUGUCAUAUUUUUUUUUUGAGGACCUGAAUUUGUGUGAUAAGGUGGGCUUAUUUGACAACAAUGAUGAUCAAAUGAGCAAUAAGGUGAAGUUAUGCUUGCUAAAAAAUGAGGAAGUUAGGUGGAAAAAAGGACAAGAAGAUGAAAAAUGGUGCUACCAUUCUGCCAAUGAUAGAGGUAAUUUUGAGAAUGAAGGUGCGUUUAAUGAUGUGGAGGAUGAAGACAUAAGCUGUGUAGAUGAUCACAAAUGUCUAAAGUUCUGGUCCGAUUCUGAGAUGGAAAAGUUUGUACUAGCACCUUCGUUGAAUUUCAAGAAUGGCAAUGAGUACAAGAUGGUCAUUAGAAAUUACUCAGUGAGACGUGAAUUCAGCUUGAGUAUAAGAAGAAUGACCAGAACAGUCAUAGUCAAGUGCCGGAACUGUGACAAUUGAAGAGUAAGAGCAUCAUGGGUCCAAGCCUCCAAGGUGGUCAUACAUUUCAGACAUGGUGAGUGGAAGUUUGACAACACAGCAGUUACCUACAAGUAUUAAAGUCACAGGAUCAAGCAUGUCAAGGAUGUACCUGUGGAACCUUGACUAGAUUGUUUUCAAAUAUCAAAGAAAAUUGCAGGGUACACAAGGCACAAAGGACUAGGAGAGAAGCAUUCAGACUAAUCCAUGGAGAUGCUGGAGUGCAAUACACCAAGCUCUGAGAUUAUUGUUUCACUUUGAUAAAGCAUAAUCAAAGUGGCUUUGAGCAUAUUUCAAGAUUGGAUGCCAUCUAAACAAGAACAAUAUCCCUGUGUUUGAGAUGUUUUUUUUUACAUAUGAUGCUCUUAUAUCUGGGUUCUUAGCAGUACCUGUAGAGAAUUAUCCAAAGUGGAACUAGUUUUUAAAUCACCUCCAUGCUGUUGUUAUUGGUGAUCCUAUUGAGAAGAAAGUAUAUAUGCUACACCAGUGAUAAUAAAAAAGGCUCACUAGAGGUGUUCCAGAAGGCACAUGUAUGAGAAUUUCAGAAAAAAAUGGUCAAGUCUGGAGCUCAAAGAACUCUUUAGAACUGCAGCUUCUACCACAAUUGAGGAAGAUUUUGAGAGUGUUAUGAAAGAGAUAUAUACUCUUUAGAUAAAUACUCCGUACUAUU